AUGGAAUACAAGUGUCUUGUUUAUGAAAGUGUAACAGAUUCAAAACUAGGAAUGAGAAAUAAAUAUGACAAUGAGAAAGGCAAAAUACCGUUCACACAAACACCUCCUAAUCUACAAAAAGAUAAUACUGCCGAAAUUCCAGAUCCCUUUGAAGAGUUUCAGAGCAACCUUCAUAAGUUUUUAUAUGGUGAAACCAUAGAAAUAGACGAUCAAACUGAGAAAUCUAAUGUCGUUUUAAAAUACACCAUACCGUCGGAUCAUCUACAGAAUUACGUUGUUGGGAAUUAUAUGCGAGCAGAAUUAUUCAACAACAAGAGCGCCGUCCACCUUAACCCAGAAGAAUUUUUGCAUCGUGGAUAUUGUAAAUUAAAUAUCACCAGGGAUUUGAUGCAGACCGCUGUCAAUGCGUUUGCCAUCUUUCUUUAUGGUUCCCUCGAUGACAUAGAGCGAUUGCCGGCUGAUUACGUUUUACGAUCUACUCGUACAAUAUCUAUGAUGAAGAUAGCACGUGAGAAGUUGGCAGCAACUUGGAGAGUAAUAAAAGUAGGCAAACCUACCAAUACGGUUUCGUAUAAAACAUUGGAAAUGUAUCGACCGUUGUUUAAAUAUAUUACUGGAAGGGAAAUAGCUAGGCUUAAUUUAUCAGAUGAAAGAAUUUUAAAUUAUAUUGGCACACAUCCUGAUUUAGAUAGACAUCAGAUGGGUGUAGUUGCUAACAAAUAUAUCGAACUCAAUAAACACUGGUCCCAGCCGAAGUAUCUAAAUCUUAUGAAUAACUUAUUGUGUGGCGUACCGAUGACGUUUAUGAGAAAAAUCCCUGAAAAUAUAUACUUACAAUUAUCACAUCAGGUUUUCUAUCAUAUUCGAGCCUGUGAUCCCUUACAACGUCGAUUUUAUUACGCUAUGAUGACUAGAACUCAGGCACUGGGAAAAUCGUUUAGUUGGAAUGCUAGAGACGUAUCCAGAUUAGGCUUACUUCUGGCAGAAGUGAAUGGCCCUGAUCUUAGUGCUAUCAACCCUGAAGCUAUAGCUGGAAUCACUCCACAUGUUAUGAUGGCCAUGCCACCUCAAAAAUUAAAGUACUUGUCAGAUUUACAAUUGAAGUACAUGGGACAGAAGGUUUUGAACAUAUUAGCUCGAAAAUUAAAGGCUUAUCAUGAUCAACUUCAGUCGUCUAAUGAUGAAAUGAAGAAGAUACCAAAUUUAUAG